AUGACUACCAAUUCUUCCCCGGACGUAACAUCGCUUUCGCCAACCGACCGCAACCUGUGGCAAGCCAUUGUUUCCGAGGCCUUGGCUAAUCUCACCUACUCGGCAUACGCGCAGAAAGCAAUGGAAGAAGGAUUGCCGGAGGUGGCCCAGGUCUUCCAGGAGGUUGCGGGAGCAGAAACCAUUCAUGGAAUCACCCAUCUCAAGGUCGCCGGAGAUAUCUCCGAUACCGAGUCCAACCUCAAGCAGGUCAUGGCUGAGGAAACCCGCGAAUAUUCCCGCACCUAUCCGCGCAUGAUUCGGGAGGCCCAGGCUGAGGGCCGCACCGAUGCCGUUCGCGCAUUUACCCUGGCCAUGGAGCGUGAGAAACUCCACCAAACCGCGUUUUCCAAUGCGCUCGUAGCGUUUCAAUCCUUCUCAUUUUCUGAACCUGCGACGGCUGUCUCCUCGGCGGCCAACAGUACGAAUCCGGUUCAAUCCGAAGCAUCUGCGGCGCCCGCGGUAUCAACGCCCGAUCCCGACCUUGACACCUACAUUGCCGCCACCAUGGAGGUGGACCGCGAGCCUCUGCGCGUCGCCAACCUGGGUCGCCUGCGUGAGGUGGUGUUUGGCGCGCAAGACGGAAUCAUCAGCACCGUGGCCCUCACUACAUCCGUGGCCGCCGCCGUGGGCGACACGUCCACCGUGCUGGUUGCCGGCCUGGCCGCCGCCGCCGCCGGCGUCAUCAGUAUGGCCGCCGGGGCGUAUCUGGGGUCCCGCGCCGAGCAGGACGUCCGCGACGCCGAAAUUGCCCGUGAAAUUCGGGAGCUGGAAGAGCAACCCGCCGAGGAAUUCGCCGAGUUGGUCAUCCUGUUGCAGCGCGAAGGGCAAACCUACGAAAACGCCGUGCGAUUGGCCAAUGACAUCGCCCAGGACAAGACGAUGUGGCUCAAUACCCUCCUGGAAAAGGAACUGGGCAUCACGCCAGGCGUUCAUGGCAGCCCCUUCAAAGACGCCGCCGUGAUGGGAGUUUCCUUCGGUCUCUCGGCAAUACUGCCGAUCGCGCCCUAUCUGGCGCUGGAUGUCAGCCCAACCGCCAUCGCCUCAUCCAUCGGGUUGUCCCUGGCCGGCCUCUUUGGCCUGGGUUUGGCAAAAGGGCGAAUCGUGCGCAAAUCGCCGCUACUGCAGGGACUGGAAAUCCUGGGGAUCGGCGCCGUCUCGGCCGCAUUGGGUUACGCGCUGGGUGAAGUCCUGCCCCGCUUGCUGGUCUUCUGA